AUGAAAGAAAGGGGCAUCAUUACAGAGAAACUCGUCGAAUAUAUGUGUUUCAAGUCCCACUACGAGAGUGCUGCAUCAAAGGAGGACAUACCAACGAACGAAUUCAUGGAGCGCGUCCCGCCUGAAAUAGUCUUAGAAUUGUUCGUUUUCUCAUUACCUCCUCGUUGUGCGGAAUCAUGA